UGACUCGUGUGAGCCCAAAGUGGUGUCGCUCUCAGGCUGCAGCUGCGCUCAGGACCAUGGAGAGCUCCGUCUGGACGCGGGCGGUCGCGUGCGCCCUGCUGCUGUCCAUCGCCUGCGGUGCCGAAAUCCACGACCCGGACGAAGAAGUGGACCUGGACACCAGAGCCCUGAGAGACUUCUACCCCAAAGACCCCAACUUAACCAACGAGAAGGAGCUCCUCGGCGCUCUGCAGGAAGUUUUGGAAAAGCUGCAGAGUAAAAGGAUCUCGCUUUGGGAAAAGAAGUUCGGACGCGUUCCAACGUGUGAUGUAGGCGAGCAGUGUGCCAUCAGGAAAGGAGCGCGGAUCGGGAAAAUGUGCGACUGUCCCCGAGGAGCCGUCUGCAACUUCUUUUUGCUCAAGUGCUUGUAAUGGUCACCGUCCACCGGAGUCACUUUUCACAUCAAUAAAACCCACAUUUCUACUGCCAGUCCUGUUUCUAUGCCACAUGGACGUCAUGUUGUCAUGAAUGGUCGAAUGUGAAAGAUUGUUGAAUUUAUUUGCUGCUUUUGAUGUAUACAUGUAAUUAAACUGAAUAAAAUGUGUUGAAUCUUGUUUUCUAA